AUGUCGGAUAUGGAUAUUGAUUGGCCCAGUCCAGGCCAGGCCUCGGAUCUCCCAUCUGAUGAUGGAUAUGCGACGGAUAGCGGUGUUUCCUCUAUGGAAGAACAAAUGUCAACAUACACAAGGUCAAUGACUUCAUCCAUUGUCAACUAUCCUCUAGAGUAUGGACGACGAUAUCACGCUUACAGGGCAGGUGUAUACGCCUUCCCAAAUGAUGAUCCCGAACUUGAUCGUAUGGAUAUGGCUCAUGGCCUCAUGUUCAAGUCGAUCGGUUACAAACUCUACUUGGCACCCUUGUUCAAAGAGAAUUUGCACAGAAUACUAGACAUCGGUACAGGGACAGGGAUCUGGUCUGUGGAAAUGGGUGACAGAUUCCCAAACACCGAGAUCAUUGGUGUUGAUUUGAGCGCUGUUCAACCACCAUGGGUACCUCACAACGUAAAGUUUGAAAUCGACGAUGUGGAAAGCCGGUGGGUGGGCAACAGAAUGUUCGACUACAUCUUUGUCCGAUACAUGCUGGUCUCCAUCCAAGACUGGCCUAAACUAGUCCAAAAUAUCUACGAACAUCUUAACCCCGGCGGAUGGGUCGAAUUCCAAGACAUGGACGGCCUCUACUACUCCGACGACGGAACCUACACCGCACAAUACAUCACGCACACCUGGAACCAAGACUUCGUUCAAGCCUGCGAAUCCAUCGGCCGCACCGCCCGUCCCGGUCCGCAACUCGAGGGCUGGGUCAACGAGGCCGGGUUCCGGAACGUGGUGCACAAGAGGUUCAAGGCGCCGAUUGGGUCAUGGCCCAAGGACCCUCACUUCAAGGACGUGGGUAUGCACAAUUUGUGUCAACUUCUUAAUGGACUAGAGGGGUUUACUCUAAGGCUGUUUUGUGGGGUGUUGGAGCGGACGGAGGAGGAUGUUUUGGGCAUGUUGGAGGGUGUGAGGGAGGAGUUGAAGCGGGGGCUGUUCCACGCCAUGUUUGACCAGUGA